GACGUCACGGAUUCCGUAAGCGUGCAAUGAUGGACAGUAGAGCAGUGGGCUAAAUGUUAUACAUUGCUUCUCGUCCUGGUUCCUGGCAGCUUCAGUCUGACUUGCAUUUGAUUUUUUUCUGUCUUUGUGACAUGGUUCUGCUACACUGAAAACUACCCGAAAGCACCCCAAGAGGGAAGCGCACAUCAAAGGAAAUGGUAUAAUGCUUUUGGAGUGAACGUUCUGUGCUCUGCACGCUUCUCACCAUGGCCGGCCUUACUCGUGGCUUGGAACAAGGAUGGGAGUUGCCAUGGUGAUCAUUUACAAGAAGACGCUGGAGAAGAAGAAGGGUGCCGAUGAUGUAACGUCCAAAAACACGUUCCAGGCACAGACCAUGAGCCAGGGGACUGCCCUCUUCUCUCGUGGACUCAUGGAUACAAGCCGGUGGUGUGAGGUGGCACGUGGCUGCGCUUCAUCGCAGAGGCCAGUUGGGACAAGCUUGGAGAGCCUGUGGAACGUCCUGCCAGAGGUGCAUACGAGUUCGGCCCACUGGGGCUGGGAUGUCUGCUCUGAUUCCAGCACCAUCACCAGCUUGUUGCAGGACCUCAGCCUGACGGAGGCUGCCUCCUCGCUGGUCACGGCUCCGCCCAACAAGCGGCAGUGUAGGUCCUUGUCCUGCUCCGAUGAGCUCCAUCGCACCACCUGGCGCCCCCAGGGCUCCCGUGUGUGGACCACCGUGGAGAAAAGGAGGUGCCACAGCGGUGGUAGUGUCCAGCGUGGCAGCACCAUCGUCGUGGGUGCGCAGACGGGCUUCCCGGGAAUGCAACGCAGCUCCAGCUUCAGCCUGCCCGUGCACUGCAACCCCCAGGAGCUGCCUUGCUUCCCCGCAGCCAACCCCCCAGUCCAGCCCCUCUACCUCUCUCAUGAACAGAUCCCUGAGCCCCAUAGGCCUUCGCCCAUCAGCUCCCCAGACUCAACCCCUGAGCUGGAGCGCCGCGGUGGCCAGGGGGGUCUCGCUCGAAGCCGCUCGCAACCUUGCGUCCUCAACGACAAGAAGAUCGGCGUUAAGCGCAGGCGACCAGCUGACACGCAGAGGCCUUCACUGGAUCUGGCCAAGAUGACGCAGAAACUACGGAACUUUCACAGCCUAAGCUGCCCCGGAAUAACAGGCGACGAUAGCCGUGAGUGCAUGGAGGACUCUUCUAUGAAUGAUAUUCCGCCUCGGACCAAAGCAGGUGAGACCAAGCUAUCGGGCCUUACCAUCGAGGAGACACACUGGAUCGGGAAGGAUAACGCACCUCUGUGGGCGGGUCUUUGCAAUGUUCGGAAGGAAGAAGCGUAUCUCCUCGGAGGUGAACUCGACAUUGAGCAAAUCGAGAGGAACUGAGACAGACUGAUAUCAAGUCUUAAAGCAUUUUCGAGGGACUUACUAGUCUUAAGCUGUCCCCCACUAUGCGGGGUUCUAAGUGCGUCUCAGGAGACAAGGCAAUCAGAGAGAAGAGAAACGUUAGAAAGCUACUAAUGCAGGCUCACGACCGGGUCUUUAACAUUUCUCCCUGAUUACCUUCACUGUACUACAUCUAGAGAGAAUUCACAGCAGGCUUGUACAUAUUCUCUGCACCUCAGGUGUUCUGCAGUACGUGGUACGUGAAGGACGGAAAUGGACACUUUCUGAAGCCACCUUUUUUUUUUAAGCUUUUAAGGACCCAAUCUGUCAAGCGUAUUGAAGAGCUCACCAUUUCGCACAGAAAUACGUGUCUUCUCUCCAAGAGACCGGAGUGGCUCUAUGAUGCUCAUAGCAUUAAUAUUUUACUAUUUGUAACGACAAGGUUAUGUAAAACUUGAGCAUAUUUCUGUACGAAUAAACAUAGUUUGAAAUGUGUGCGCCUUUUGUAAGUGCCUUAUUUCAAAGUGAAGUUUGCAUAUAUAUCAACUUUUGAGGGACUAGACAGGCUCUCUGUGGGAUACCAACUGAAGCAUGAGUUUAAAAAAGUAACUUGUUUUAUAGAUGUGCAAUAAGGUCACUGUUGGAGAUGUCUUUUAAUGCAACAAUGCAGACUGACCCAAUUAAAAACCAUCCUGAGCUUAGCUUGUCUUUGUCUGCUGAAGCGGACCAAAUGAGGACCAUGUCCAGUGGCUUCUUUUUUUUCUGGAUGAUGGCUGGAGUGACGGAGCUAAGCCGCGGUUCACCCCAGAGACCUAUCACCCCAACCCACCACCACCCUUGCCGCCCCCGUCCCUGCAUUGGGCAAACAAAAGGGGCUUUUUCCUCCGAGGAGCCCAGUGACGUGUGAGGCGGUUGUGAAUGUGGGCCAUGUGUCAGGCCUGCUUGCCGCUGUUCGUUUUCCCCACUUCCCCUCCCCUACACUCUGGCGCCUGUGCAACACCCCCCCACCCCAGCCCGCUACAAUUGAGCUGCUCACUUAUGAUUCAUUUCAGAAACUGCAUGCCACUGUUUUUGUUCCUUCAAGGCUCAGAUCGUGCAAGUCACUCAUUGUGAAAGUGCACUACGUCACCUCAUUUAAGACUUUCAGAGGGAUUGGGGACUAUGUUUCUCUCCUUGUGCUUGAACAGCAAGGUCGUAUUGACCAUUGUCACAGACAUUUUUUCUUUCAGAUGAAGACCCCCUUAUUUGUGGGGGUAAUGAGUCCAAACAGAACUCUUGUGCAUCAGACUGAAACACCGACAGCCUUUAAUCAGCAGUGUCACACAAAUCAAAGGAGGACUAUGUUCGGAUAGAAAAGACCUGAGUACAAAAGCCAGAGAAGCAGGUCCACAACCCCCACUGCCAGCACUAGCAAAAACUGGAUGAACUGUCAUUGUAGCUCAUGCUAGGGCUUAUCGUCCUGAAUGACAGUUCCAUGACUAGCCCAUGGAUGUCACAUUGAAGGCAUUAAACGGGUUUGAUUUUUUAAAUGUUUGCCCAUCAUCCACAAUCCUUAUGUGAGAUAUGAACACACAUCUUUCUCUUUUCUCGACGUUCCUCGUGAUGUCAUGGGGUGUAAGUUGAGAGCCAGUAUCCAUUUCUUCAGGCUGUCCGGAUGUUUAUUUGGUAUUGGUGGAAUCUCAAAGUUGACCAACUUUUCAGCUUAUUGCCACAACCUUGUACAAUACACAUGUGAGGCAUGAUUUACAACCCAGCAUUAACGUUUGCCAACUCACAGGCGAUGCGGCAGCGCCAGUAGCUUACAUUAGCUCUCAGUAGUGGCCUGAGGUGCUGCGUCACUACGCCAGAAACGUACUUUUCAGUGUCAGCUCCUACAAUAACAAUGUUGCUGUAGCUUGGUUAACAUGCAGGUCAUGUUAUUUAAAUGGAACAUUGUUGGCGUUUUUUUUGGAGUUUUUUUUUUUUUUUUAGGGCUUUAUAGGCGGAAUAGGUGUUUCCCAUUGUGUGCAUUGUUAGCUCAUGGUAGCUAUUUUUCUCUCUUUAGAAGGCACAGAAAAUGGAAAGUGUUCGUGUCCCACAUAAGGAUUGUGGAUGAUGGGCAACAUUUUUAAAAAGUGAAGUUUUCCCUGAAGGAGACUGUACAGACGAUUCUUUCAAAUGUGGCCUCAUUUUGGAUGAUCCGCCACUACUAUCCUUACGUAGGAUCUUAAAACAUUAACCUCUUUGACGUAAGAUGUAGCCACCUGGCAUUGCAGCGUAAGGGUACAAAGCUAUCUAUCCCAUUUAACCAGGGUUUGGGAUUAAAAACAUUACAUUUUGGUUUGGUAUCAGUGCACAGAAGUGGUAUGCAACCUUUAGAAACAGCUGACGGGAAAAUGCAUUUCUUGGUGGAACCUUGUCCUCCACAAUUCAUCAAGACUUCUCUUCUUCUUCUUCGAGUUCUUUGAGGAUCCGCGAAGGUGACCAUUUUUGGAACAACCGGGGGGAGAACUGGAACCCUUCAAAAUCAAAGUCAGCUGCAUGUCUUCAAACACGAGGGGGACCAGUAUGGGUGUGUUUACACUGUGUGGUGACAUACGACCACCUUUGGCCCCCGCUGAAUUACACUCGUAAGUGUGACAUCACUGAGUCGGGCUUUGUUUAGUGGUGAUCCACGACUUGGAGACUUUAGUGUGCAAAUGACGAGGGGGGUCAAGGCCCCUCAUUCCAGAGGGUUCGGUUAUGUGUGGAGUACAUAGUGUUCUCUGUAUGAAGAUAGCGUGUGGGGGGGGGACUCAGGUCCAACAAGUCCGAUUCUGCAACCUCCGGCACUUUACGGCCUUGGCUACCCACAAGGAAAGCGGCAUAGCUUGGCGGGUCCAAGCAACACACGGACUAGUAUUCUGUGCAUGCCAGGGCGGGGGUUUGCUGACUGGUUUUGCUGUCAAAACAAGCACAUGUUUCCACGUCUGUCUCUGAGGUGCAGGUGUGCAGGAGAUUUAGCUGACACGCCGUUUCCUGUCAAACAGGAAGAGGCGAAUGAGCCUGAAAUGGAAGUUCAAGGCGGUGCACACAGCUGGCGGGUGUUCAAGAUGGGUCAGUGCAGGUGUGUUCCAAAAGAAGAGGAGCUUAAUCCAAAUACUUGGCAUACUGUAACAGCUAAAAGCAGAAAUGGUAAACCCUAGGGUUUUUUUCCUGACAUUUAUGGCCACUCUUAGCUACGAGGUACACCUGCACAAUCAAAAGAGCCCUAUCAAACAACGAAACAGCCGAGUUUUGAUUGACACUAUCCAAGAGGUAUUCAUUGACCAACCUUUCGUGGGGGACGUGUCCUAGGACUGGAAGAUGAGACAGACUUCCAGACAUUGUGUCCCCUGAGGUGUCAAUCAGCUUAUGAUGAAAAUGAGAUCAUCAGCUUGAUAACGACCUGAGCUUGGAAGGAAAGGAGGAGGCAUAAUCAUGGUGUGUUGUGACUGUAGAAGACCUCUAAAAAUGUGUAAGAGUCUUUCCCACAGAGAAAUAACAAGCAACUGGUUGGGCCUUCAAGGUGACAAGUCCCGGUCGGGAGUCUUCAAAAGUAUUUGAGUCAGUAAAGAAGUGCCCUGCAGCUACUGCGGCGCUGCAUGUCCCGACAUGUCUGCAGAAAUUUGGUCAUCCCUAAUAUCUGAAAGCUAAUCUCGUUCUUUUUCGCGCUGGGUCAGCGGGGACGGGCUCAAUUGGCCGCACCACGCUGGGAAUAAGUUUAUUAUUUACCUAUGGAGCGCCACCGCCGCUCAUUUUCUGCAUGAAAGUGGAUAUUUUUUCCUGACUGUAUAAUGAAAAUAGGAUUUUGGAUCAGAGCUGGGAGGUUGAGUGUAGUGUUUGAGUGUAGCAGUGUUGGGUAAAUACUUUUAAGAAGUAAUUAGUUUUAGUUACCUUCCCAAAAAAGUAAUUUAAUUAGUGCUGGAAUGUGUCCUAAAUGUAAUUAGUUACCAUGGAAAGUAAUUAUUGCAUUACUUUUUGGAAAAACCUUAAAAUAUGUCAAAGAAUUGGGAUUCAGCUUUGUAGUGGCGUUGAGGUGGUGCCUGUUUCAUCCUGCAAACAAUGAACUCAACACACCAUCAAUUUACCUUGGGUGGCUUGGAGAUCAAGAUUCAAGAUUCAAGAUUCAAGAGAGUUUUAUUGUCAUAUGCAUAGUACAACAGCAGUUAUACCAUGCAAUGAAAAUCUUAUUCUGUUCAUUCUCCCAAGAAAAGAAAGAAAACAAAUGAAAGAAUAAGAACAUAAGAAACAUAAACACAUAAACAUAUAUACCAAUAAAUUAAGCAACAACAACAGAAGAGACAUUAAUACAAGUAAAUAAUACAAAUAAAUAAAUAAAUAAAGUGCUAUGAGUGUGUGCGUGUGUUGCGUGCGGCGUGUGCGAGUGCUUCGUUGAGGAGCCUGAUGGCCUGUGGGUAAAAGCUGUUUGCCAGCCUUGUGGUCCUGGACUUCAAACUCCUGUAGCGUCUGCCUGACGGUAGGAGUGUGAAUAAUGAGUGUUGUGGAUGUGUGCUGUCCUUGAUGAGGUUGUGUGUUCUGCGUAGGACUCUAGAUGUAUAAAUGUCUUGCAGUGAGGGGAGGGCUGCCCCAACAAUGUUCUGUGAGGUCUUGAUCACCCGCUGGAGUGCCUUCCUAUCACGUGUUGUACAGUUACCGUACCAAACAGUGAUGGAGGCGGUAAGGACACUUUCGAUAGUGCAUCUGUAGAAGCAACUCAGGAUUGUGGUGGACAUGCCAAAUUUCCUCAGUCUUCUCAGGAAGUACAGUCUCCUUUGGGACUUCUUCAGAAUUUGUUGGGUGUUGUGAGACCAGGUGAGGUCCUCGCUGAUGUGUGUGCCAAGGAACUUGAAGGUUUUCACCCUCUCCACCUCAGUCUCAUCAAUAAACAGGGGUCUAUGUGGCUCCUUUUCCCUUGUUCUUGGGUCGAUGAUCAUCUCUUUAGUCUUAUCUGUAUUGAGAAGGAGAUUGUUAUCACGACACCAAGCUAUGAGGUCCGCCACCUCUCUUCUGUAUGAUGUUUCAACACCACCAGUGAUCAGUCCGAUGACUGUAGUGUCAUCUGCAAAUUUAAUGAUGCUGGUGUUGUUCUGGGAGGCCACGCAAUCGUAGGUGAAGAGCGUGUAGAGGAGUGGACUCAGCACACACCCCUGUGGGGUCCCAGUGCUCACAAUUCUUGAGCUGGAUGUGCGGUUGUGGACUCUGACUGACUGGGGCCUGCCUGUGAGAAAGUUAAACACCCAGUUACAGAGGGAGGGAGACAGGCCAAGUGUGAGGAGCUUAUCUGUGAGUUUGUGGGGGCUGACUGUAUUAAAAGCAGAGCUAUAGUCUAUAAAUAGCAUUCUGACGUAUGUGUCCUGGCCCUGUAGGUGAGAAAGGGCUGUGUGGAUGGCAGUGUUGACUGCAUCAUCCGUGGACCGGUUCUGGCGAUAUGCAAACUGUAGAGGGUCCACAGUUGCCGGGAUGCUCUUUUUGAUGUGGGUCAUGACUGUCCUUUCAAAGCACUUCAUAACAAUAGGAGUGAGUGCUAUAGGGCGAUAGUCAUUCAAGCAGGUCACGUUGCUCUUCUUGGGUACGGGCACUAUGGUGGUGGACUUAAAGCAGGUCGG